UUUUCCGGCUCAAGGAUGUUUCCGGUUCAAAGUUAUGACUUGACUGGUGUUUUGGACUUGUCUAGUAGGAAUAGAGGCCUGGAUUUUAGCAAGUUUAUAAUGGGCGUAAUAACCAAAUGAUUGGAUUAUUUUAGUCGUUCAUCUAUUUCAGCUUCAGUGGUCAGAUGCUGCAAUUGACACACCGUGAAUGGCAUAUCUGUUAACAGCUGGGCCAGCUAACAUCUUCCUUUGGAUUUGCAUUUUGAGUCCACAAUGGGUAGCCACUUCCGAAGCUACAUCUGGGACCCUGUCCUCAUUGUGUUUCAAAUUGUGUUGAUGCAAUGCAUCUACUACAGCUUUCUCGGCUUGUGGUUGGCAGGAGUGGACUGUCUUGUACCAACACAUUGCUCACUGGACCAGAUCUUCAGCCAUGAACUCCUUGGUUUUGCAUCGAUACUGGGCAGGCUCUCAAUGAUGGCGUUCGUUCUGAACUCUCUUACCUGUGCUCUGGGCUUGUGGUUCUUCAUCCGCCGGGGCAAGCAGUGCCUGGACUUCACCGUCACGGUGCACUUCUUCCAUUUGAUCAUCUGUUGGAUCUAUAAUGCUCGCUUUCCCUCCUCGCUGUCGUGGUGGCUCGUCAACUUGGCCUGCAUGGCGUUGAUGGCGGUCAUCGGCGAGUACUUGUGCAUGCGGACUGAGCUCAGGGCCAUCCCAGUCAAUUCUGGACCCAAGUCGAACCUUUGAAUUGUUUUCGUGGCACCCUGCUGAAAAUGGACAGUUUGACACGUCUUGGACGAACCUUUCUCACAGGGCGACAAAGAAAGCGAACAUGGCACAUGCAUUGGACUGAUUUUUGUGGAUCUGCUGUACAUCAAAUGGUCUAUUUAUUAUUGACUUUCCAUUCAACUAUGGACUGUUUUGUUCUGUGCAGGAAUUAAGACAGACUUAAAUGUGUCUCAGAGAGGAUGUUGGCUGCAUGUCCUCUUUGCUAUUUUUUUUUCUUUUGCUUAAAUAGAUUUGCUCUGGGUGGGGGUGUUAACUUAAUUAUAGUCAAACAUCUGUGACUGCAAGCUGGUUUGAGUUGACAGCAAACAUUGGAGCAAACAUUACAUAAAAAAUAUGCUAGUUAACAGGUGAACCGAUCAUGGUCAAAUUGAGCUUGUAAAAACUUUUUUUUUUAACCAAGUGUGUUUAUCAUUUACCACAGCAAGCAUUUGUUUCUCCCUUCCUUUGUCAUCAUAUUCUUUAUUAGGGCACCACGACAGUCUCUCUGGGACGGCUUUGACAGCCACAAGCUGUGUCCUGACAGCACAAUAUGUCUCUUCUAGAAAAUGCCGUCACUUUUUGAGGAGCUGCAACAAUGGAAGAAUCUUUAUAUAUGAGAUGCAAAUAGUUCAGGAACAGUUUCAGCAUUUUUUUUUAAAUGCGCUUUGAAAAAUCAUGAUAUUCCUAAUUUACACCGUAUGGUUUGACGGUACAGCUUUACAUUCUUUUUUUUUUUUGGUUUAUAAGAACUAAGUCAUAAUGUGAGAAGAAUGAAGCAGUCAUGCUAUUACAAGAAAUAAAUCUAGCUGUAUUAGGUUUUCUCACAAAGACUGAAGCAAUAAUUUAGAAAUUCUUGGGUUUCUUUUAUCAUGUAACUGCAAGUGCUUUUAACAAAUAUUUAACGCAACUAAGAGAGUGUCCCGAUCAAAAAAAACAUGACAGGUCUCAAGAGACAGACUAUGGCUGUUAGUUGCUGUGACUUGUGUUUAUAUUUUUGUGGGGGUUUUUUUCUUCCUUCCUACCUACAUACAACGUUUUUCCUGAAAAAGAAAACUUGGACAACUUCUUGAACUGCAGCAUUAUCAUUACUCAUACUCAUUCUCAUGACAUUAUUCACAUGACUUCACUAUUUCCUCUCAUAAUUUUACUUUUACAUUGCUGCCGUAAUCGUAUGUUGUACAGUUAUGCUCAACGCAUGGAUUGUUUUCCCCCCCAAAUAUCCAAUACCACUCUGCAUCUUGAUAUAACAACUCUGGUUUAGGUGUUAUUACCGAUUUGUCUUACUGUUUAUUGUGCAUGUUAAAUUGCUCCAUGUACAGCACUUUGUAUGCAGCGAUGGCUGUUGGAAAGUGCUCUAUAAAUACUGUUGACUUGACUUGAGUACAAAGAAGCUUAGAGGCGGACCUAUUGAGAUUUUUUUUUUAAAUGGCUGUUUUUAAUAAAACACAGUUCAUGGUG